AUGGCCACGCUUAGCUUUGGCAUCGCAACCACAAGUGUGAGCGCCGCCGUUGGUUAUCGUACGAGAAGCAACUGCAGGUGGCGCACACCCACAAUUUUGUCUAUUGGAUGGGACCCCGAAGGCGUGCUUGGCCGUCCCGAAACCGGCCACCUCGCCAGGCUGGAGUUUCGAAGACGCCUCGAGAGAGACGCAGAAGCUCGCGAAGCCUUCGAACGUCACGUCCAUGAAGAGAAAGAACGCCGUCAAACCCUUCGACAAUCCCGUAUUGUUCCCGAUACUCCCGAAGAGCUCAUUGAAUACUUCCUUGACACUGAAGCUCAGGAGAUUGAGUUUGAGAUUGCAAGAAUGAGACCGCGAUUGGAUGAGGGUUUCUUUGCGCAACUGAAAUUCGAGUUAGGACAGCUUCGAUUCGCUGUUAACAAAACAGAGCACAUGGAGGAAAGACAGAUUGAACUGGAGGCUCUAGAGAAAGCCAUACAGGAAGGAAUAGAAGCCUAUGAUAAGAUGCAAGGUGAACUCAUAAAAGCCAGGGCAAGCCUAACCAAAAUCUUGACAUCAAAGGAUGUGAAAGCAACUUUGCUGGAUAUGGUUGAAAAGAAUGAAAUUAAUAGAUCUUUGUUAGCACUUCUGGAUGAAAACAUAGCAAACGCACAUAAGGGUAACCAGAGACAGGUUGCAGAAUACAUGGAGAAGCUCCGGGGGUCUGUUAUUAGGUACAUGACAGUUUAG